GGAAAAAGAGGACGUUUGUAUGAAAAGGCGAUUUCGCGCGGGUCCUCCACUUUCCUCUUAAACAAAGAGGAAUUGCACGUAGCCAAUGUAUUGUGAUGUGACGUUGCUCACGGCGCUUAGACUACAUCUUUAGAAAUAUUAUAUCUAUGAGAUGGAGUAUAAGCUGUCACCGUAACCAGUGGGGCGACACUCCUCCUUUCGGCUUUUCUCGGCUCCGUUCGGCUCUGAAUUGCCUCGGGCAAUUAUUAGGGUUGGCACAAAUUGACGUCUCUAUACUUGCACAACCACAGAUAAGAUAAUGACUUGAAUUUUGACAACCCUAAAUGGCCGGAGGGAAUAGUGCCAUACAUUAGAAAGGGACAGCAUAAUUCAUCCUUGAGUCGCUGUCAAACUUCGGAUUUGUAGUACUAUUAUUUGUUCUGUGCCGUAACUCACACAGAGACAUUUUUAUGUACGAUUAACAAUGAGUAACCAGACGUUGUGGCUAUGUCGAUGAAGUCAUAUCGAUAAACUAUCGGCAUUUUUUACAAUUUUAAUUUUACUUGAAAGGUAUUAAACUACCUAACAUGAACAGAUAGCCAUUAUAACACAACUUUAUAUAUUCUUAUCAACCAAUAUGAUUUUGUGAGUUCGAUAUUACAAUAAUCAACACCGGAAAUCCAUGGUGCACCAGCCACUCAAUUAUUGCGGUAAACCACCAAAAUUAUGUUUUCAGCAAUAAUCGAGUUAUUUUAUUGUCACAAAGUAUUCAUUAUCAAUUAGCAUUUCUAUGGUGACAAUUUUAGUGAAGAUAUCAAAGCUUCAAUUAAUUGCUAUUCCGUCCCGCUGCGUAGAGAUUAUCGAUAUACGUAUAACAUGAAUAAAAUCGACAAGUCCACAUCCCUAAAACAUGCUAAAAACAUACACAUUUAAACGCACACAUACAGAGUUUGCCCACCACCUAAAUGGCUACGGCUUGAGUAUUAAAUUUUGUACUGAGAAUAGAGGGGUGAGGGGGGGCUCGGGUUUAGUGACAGAUGGUGACAGACAACAAAAUACGGAAGGUGGAGAUAAGGAAUGGAAUCUCCAUAUGCCAAAAGUGUCAUCAAAAAACCUUAAAUAGGUGGCGCUACAAUACCUAGAAUACGUGAAAAGAAAAUCAAAUCAUAGACAGCGCACUUCACUCCGUCAAUACGCCUAGGUUCUUAGCUACUCUAGCGCUACUCUGGAGAGAUAACUCCUAACACUUUUAAAUUCGUACGUAAACGUGACAGGGAGGCAACACGUCGAACGUGGUUCGCGGUAGGCCCUCAGCUGUCACUGUCAGUCUGUCAAUGUCAACGUAACUGAAUGCCUUGCUAUGGCUAUGCAUUUCAGGCACAGUGCAUUACGAGCAUUGAAAAUUGUUUACAGAAUAUUUCUGUUACUAAGAGAUUAAACUGCGACAUCGACAGUAUCACAGGCAUAUUAGUAAACUGUAGUCGUGCUUUAGACGUAAAAACAGUAUGUCGCUGGACGAAAUACGUAUAAAAGAAGAAGACAAAUUCAUAAAACAGGAGCCGCAGAGUGAUAUUGACCCUGAUCUAAGCACAGCCGGGCUGGGCCCUGAAGUGCGUGUAAAGGCAGAGUCUGAAUAUGCCACAGAUAUACCAGAGAGCAAAGAGGAUACAGAAGGUGUGAGGCGGGAUGAGCUCGCUGGGUAUACCGGCGAGGUGAAGGAUGAGCUUGACCUGGCCUCAGAACUGUUACAUCAGCUUGAAAAUGCCCAUAUUGCACUGGAAUCUCUGUCUGAUAUUCAGAUUAAGCAGGAGACGAAUCCGGAGAUUUCACGCUGUAUCAAGCAAAUUGUGCAGCAGGAGUGUAUUGUCAAACUGGAGCGCAUACCUAUCGAUAGUUUGAAGAAAUCUCAACGCCAUUCAUUUGCCAGGUUAACAGUUAAUCAUACAGAAAAUGACAAGAGAACAAGAAAAAAAUGCAACAAAAACACCCUUGAAGUUGCGAAGAACGUUUACAUUUGUAAUAAUUGCAACAAACAGUUUGCAAAGAGAGUUACAAUUAUCAAACACUUACUAAAUAAAGUGUGUGCACACAAAAGUGAGAAAUCUUAUGCUUGUGAAAUAUGUCAAAAGAAGUUCCCGUACCCUUCGUCUUUACGAAAUCAUAAAGUAACCCAUUCAGGGGAGAAACGUUUCAAGUGUGAACUGUGUGGAAUAAAGUGUAGCACUGAGAAAAACUUGAAACACCAUGUGUUCAAUCACAUGAAUGACCGUCCAUUUUCUUGUGACAUAUGUAACAGGCAAUUUGUCCGCGAAAGAUAUUUAAUCAGCCAUAAACUUUCCCACACAGGUGAGAAGCCUUUUGAGUGUGAAAUUUGUGGGAAACGACUGAAACACAAGCGUACUCUGGUUGAUCAUUUACGAACGCACGAAGGUUACAGUCAUGAAAAGUUGCUUUCCUGCGACUUUUGUGAAAUCAAGUUUAGUCGAAAGUCACAUUUGACCAUACAUGAGAGAUCACACACUGGUGAAAAGCCUUUUCCGUGUGAAGUUUGCAAAAAGAGUUUUACAUCAAACUCAGUGUUAACAACUCAUAUGAGAAUACACACUGGGGAAAAACCUUAUGCCUGCGAUAUGUGCCCAAUGCAGUUCUCAUCAAGUGGAAUAUUAGGCGUCCAUAAGCAAAGGCAUUCGAAAGGGAAAUAUACGACUUAGUUCAGUCAGGCGCAAGCAUAAGGUGAAACCCCACUAGUACAUAUUUUAAUAUAAUAAUAUAAUAUUUAUUUCAGGCAAUGUACCCAUAUCACAAAUUACAAAUUUACAAUAUCACAUUAAUUAGAGUUUACAGACAGCGGACAUUUUUUUAAAUAAAGCUGAGUAGAAAUUAAAUGCUUACAUGCAGAUUUGUAGCAGAUGAUAAGUAUACAUUAAAUAAAACGAAAAAUGUUGGUUCACCUUAUGUAAUGAAAAUAUAUAUUUUGGUUUGCUUUUGUA